UUAGAGUUUUUGAGUGAUGAUACGUCGACCUUCCUCCAUCACCGAAAGCAGAGGGGGAAAAAAUCCUCUCCCGCCAUCGGGGAAUCAUUGGACGGGAGCAAGGAGUUUCCUGCCAGAUUUUCUCAGAAACCAAACGCGAAGUACGUUUGCUGCUCUCAGUUGCUUCUGCAAGAUGAGCUUGCUCAUAAACCAAUGUGUGAGUGUUGGAUUGCCGCCGACGAGAAACUCAAUCGAGGGAAGCGAAAGUUCGACCUCAAAUUGAGUGGAGGUUCAUCUGGAGAUGAGCGUGCUCGCUGCCGCAACGUUGUGUUGAUGUUGAAGAAUGCCUGUAAUAUAAGUAGCUUUCGGGAGAAAGCGAUUGCGAGCUCCAUUGCAGUUGCAAAUUUGGUUGCAAUGGGAAAUGCCAAGGCUGUGUCCUCAGACAAAUUACUGGAAGAUGCUGCGUUCCUUUACACUCUAGCUGAUGGAAGCGUCGGGGACUGGUUGGGAGGAUUCCUAUAUUCUGCUAAUCAACAGGCUAACGAGGCUGUUCAGAACCAAUUAUCAGCACUUAGCUUCACUAGGUGCAUUUGGCUCUGGGAAAAGCAGAACAGAGGAUCCAGUAGUUGGGGGCAGCCUGCUUUUGACAUAUACAACUGGCUAUGUUGCUCCACUUCUUCUUGCUGCUUCUUUUGCUGGAGCGUUGCAGAGUCUGCUGUCAUUCCGGAAGUUCUCAGCUUGGAUCAACCCCACCAGCAGAGCGCUACUGUUAGGAGGGGGAGUAAACACUUUCAUGGACAGGCUCUUCCCAGUUUCAAUGUAAAUGUAGGAGUACAGAAUACCCCACGACAUGAGCUUUGAUCGUACAAAAUACCACGGUAUUUUCCUUUUUUACUCUCAGCUGUUUCCUGCCAUCUGGUUAUGUGAAAGCAGGAUGAAGCUGGUUAACAUAUUAAUCCAUCAAACAUCAAUUUUCAUAUCUAACCCUCUUAAUUGCAUUGCCCUAAUUUUCUAUAUCAUGAAAUAAUUGCAAUGACAGAAGCAUGUUCAAGAACUAAUGAUAGUGGACCUCUUGGGUCCUUGCCUCCUUGAUAUUUUCUGACGGAACCUGAAGACAGAACAGAACUGCCGGCAGCCAUGCAGGUUUUGGAUGGAGUAUCAAAAUAGCCAGUAAUCUUGGUCACAGAAUUAAGGGGCCGCUGGUUGGGGAGGGAGAAGGAUCUACGUGGACUGUCACGGUGCCACCCAUAAUGCUGUGGGGAUGCGUAGAGGAGGGAGGCAACGCCUAACCAGAUAAGAUAAGGUCAUCGGCAAACGUAAGAGAUGAGUCCAUGACAUAAGGGGGAAAAAGUGGCGGUUUGCAGGCUGCAGCACAAGAAUCAAUUCCAACUUUGCCAGGUUUGCUUUCUGCUGGAAGACAGAUGGUAACAUUUUCCGGUUACAGGCAGAUAGUUUAGGUGCUGGUAUAAGCAUUGAAUCAGGUGGUUCGGUCACAUCCAUUUCAUUUAUUGCCCUGUGGGAAGUAGCAAGUGCGUCAAUUGCUUAGCAAACUGCAAAUAGUUUAGGUGCUGGUAUAAGCAUUGAAUCAGGUGGUUGCUUGUAGUCAUAAAGGAUAAGCACAGAUCGACAUCUGGUGUAGGUGAAAUGAAACCUUUUUUUAUUAGACCAAAUCAGUAGGUAAUUUUUGCAGUGAACCGUUGAACCAUAGUUAAAUUAUGAUGUCAAUACAAAACAUUUUAUCGC